AUGGACCAAAAGGAGGCCUACAGUAAGAAAAGUAGAAAUGCCAGAUUGCCUGGAUUUAAUGUAGAGGAAGGAAUUCAGAGUCUUAAGGGCUGUGUUAGGACCCACACCCUGGAACGCACCAUCAACCUGUACCCUCUUACCAAUUAUACUUUUGGUACAAAAGAGCCCCUCUAUGAGAAGGACAGCUCUGUUGCAGCCAGAUUUCAGCGCAUGAGGGAGGAAUUUGAUAAAAUUGGAAUGAGAAGAACUGUAGAAGGGGUUCUGAUUGUACAUGAGCACCAGCUACCACAUGUGUUACUGCUACAACUGGGAACAACUUUCUUCAAAUUACCUGGUGGUGAGCUUAACCCAGGAGAAGAUGAAGUUGAAGGACUAAAACGCUUAAUGACUGAGAUACUGGGUCGUCAAGAUGGAGUCCUGCAAGACUGGGUCAUUGAUGACUGCAUUGGUAACUGGUGGAGACCAAACUUUGAACAUCCUCAGUAUCCAUACAUUCCUGCACAUAUUACAAAACCUAAGGAACAUAAGAAGUUGUUUUUGGUUCAACUUCAAGAGAAAGCCUUGUUUGCAGUCCCUAAAAAUUACAAGCUUGUAGCUGCACCGUUGUUUGAAUUGUAUGACAAUGCCCCAGGAUAUGGACCCAUCAUUUCUAGUCUCCCUCAGCUUCUGAGCAGGUUCAAUUUUAUAUACAACUGAAUUCCUGCACAGUGGAGAAGAAAAAGAAGCCGUCUCUGUGAGCACAGCUAUACACAGUGUAGAAUAAACCUGGUAGAAAAGUUCUUUUGGUUUUUAUCUAUUUCCCAAUCCCUAAAUUGCUACCUACUUUCUGUUAUUUGAA